AUGGGUCUCAGUGGUAGUAGUUUAAACAUACCAGGUGGUGGUACCGAAGGUUUUCAUGUUCUACGUGUUCAAAAUGGUUCACCUGGACAUAAAGCUGGUCUAGAACCAUAUUUUGAUUUCAUUAUCAGCAUUAAUGGUGUUCGACUUGAUACAGACAAUGAAAACUUUAAAGAAAUUUUGAAAGCUAAUAUAAAUAAAGCAGUCGAAUUACUUGUCUAUAACAGUAAAGCACAAACAGUUCGACAAUUACAAUUAACUCCUCAUGAGAAUUGGGGUGGUCAAGGAUUACUUGGUUUAAGUAUUCGAUUUUCAUCAUUUGACAAAGCCAAUGAAAAUGUUUGGCAUGUGCUUGAUGUUCAACCGCAUUCACCAGCUUCAUUAGCUGGUCUACGUUCUGACACUGAUUAUAUUAUUGGAGCCGAUACAUUACUUAAUGAUGCUGAAGAUUUUUUUGCAUUAAUUGAAAGUAAUCAAGGCAAAUCACUUAAACUUUAUGUUUACAAUUGCGAUGGCGACUCAACACGUGAAAUAAGUCUUACGCCAAAUAUUGGUUGGGGUGGUGAAGGUAGUUUAGGUUGCGGUAUUGGCUAUGGUUAUCUACAUCGAAUCCCCAUUCGAACAGCUAAUUCACCACCACUUACUAAAUCAAAUCCGUUAGUUAUUAAUAGUGACAAAGCUCCGUUACUCUCUUCAAUACCUCCGCCGAAUAUGGCUGGCGGAAGUAAUUUGAGCUUUACACUUCAACCCGUUAAUAUGCCACCGUUAACAGUUACGAUGCCAAAUAUAAUUAUCCCUCCUCCAAUUGUUACUAAUACAACGAGUGAAACAACAACAGCAGCAGCAUCGAACAUUGGAACACAACAAACUUUAUCUACUGAUCCUAAUCAAUUCGCUACACAUUUUGGUGAUAUGAACCUGAAUACAUCGACUAACAUAACACCAUCCGCUACUCCUACAAAUUUCAUGCCGACCUCAAGCACCGUUCAAUUGCCACAUCCUGCUCAACAACAACCAAUAUAUACGGCUCCUACAAAUCAAUUUUCAUCGAAUUUCUCACCUCCGAUGUUUCCUCAACAGCAAUCAACCUACAAUCCUCCUACUAAUCAAUACUCAUCGAAUGCCACACCUCCAGUUUUCCCUCAGCAACAAACAGCGUACACCCCUCCUACCAAUCAAUAUUCAUCGAACGCUGCACCUCCGGCUUUUCCUCAACAACAAACAGCGUACACCCCUCCUACCAAUCAAUAUCCAUCAAACACUGCACUUCCGGCUUUUCCUCAACAGCAAUAUUUUCAACCUGUACCUCCUACUCUCUUCGGCAAUUCUCCACAGCAGCCACCGUUUCAAUUCAAUCCUUAUCCAACAUCUCGCUCCUCGCCAUACACCCAUGACAAUCAUAGUCAUCAGCAUGAGUGUGAUGGUACCGGUCAUAGUCAUAAUCAUUAG